UUAUGAAAUUUUAAUUCAACAAUUCUAUAAAUUUACGGCAAAAUAUGGCUUUGAAUUUCUCGAUGGAAUUAUGGAAACUUCUCUAGUGACCAAUCAUAUUACAGAUCAGUGGACAAGACAGCAGUGUGAAUUAAAGAAGAAACUUAUCACUGUUGAUGUUCGCGAUUGGUUUGAUGACGAAAAGGAAAUUCGACUGAAAUAUGUUGGUGGUGUAGAUAUAUCAUUUAUGAAGAAUGAUAAGGAGCAUGCCUGCGCGGCAUUGGUAGUUUUAUCGUUGCCGAAACUUGAAGUGAUAUAUGAAAAUUAUGAUUUCAUCCAUCUGAAUCAGCCAUACAUUCCGGAAUUUUUGGCAUUUCGCGAGGCACCACAUUUAGCGAGGUUGAACAAAGUUCAAAAAGACCGUCCUCGAAUCUUACCAGAGGUAAUCUUUGUUGAUGGCAAUGGGAUUUUACACCCUAGAGGAUUUGGUGUAGCAAGUCAUCUGGGUGUCAUUACCGAUGUGUGUACAAUAGGAGUUGGGAAAAAGUUAUUUCAUGUUGAUGGUAUUGAAAAAAACGAAUUUCAUUUGAAAAAAAUAAAUGAUCAUCUACAAAAGUUUGGUGAUUAUUUCUUCCUUGUCGGUGAUUCUGGUACGACAUUUGGAGCUGCAUUGAAGAGUUCUGAGAAAUCAAAAAAUCCUAUCUACGUGUCGAUUGGUCACAAGGUUAGCUUGGAGACAAGUUUAAAGAUCUGCGAGUUGUGUUGUAGAUAUCGAGUUCCUGAACCAAUCAGACAGGCUGAUAUACGAUCACGUGAAUACCUACGUCAACACUACGAAACCAUGGUUACGCAAUGCUGCAAGAAAGAAAAGGUCUCGCCACUGCCAUGCCCAGCUAAUGAUGUAGAGCAACGUGCUGGAGCCUGGUGUCGAGUAAUUUAAAUUGACAAUAUGAUAUGAAAGAUGCACCUUGUUGUCGUUGUUUUCGACCCGAGUUUCAGCUCAAUAAAAUAAUUAGAUUUUUAUUUCUAGAUAUUUAGAUUGUGUAUAUGUAUAUCGAUGGAUAUCGAUGGAUCACAGCGACUUUUACUAACAUAAGAUUACCAUUAUUUGCAAGAUAGUGUUUGGAGUUGGCUGUAACGAGAUGAACGUUUUCGAUAAACUUUCCACAAUUUGUUAUGCCUUCGAACUUCACCACGAAAAACGAUUAAAUUAUGUCGACAUAAUAAAAUCAUCAAUGCGUUCCAUUAAA